AUGUACAAGUUGCAGGUGGUUUUGAUCCAACCUCAAAAUCAAUUGAAGGCAAACGGUUACAGUAUUGAUGGAGAUAAUAGUGAUGAUCAGACUAUCACAACCAUUAGAAAUGGUGGUCACAUAAUCCGUGACCAUACUCGAAAAUUCCUGCAUUUCACAAAGCCUGAAAAUACUUUGCUUCAACUUGCUGAUGAGAUUGAGAAUAGGAUCACCAAGCUAUAUUCAAAUCUGAAUAUUGAAAGUUUUGAGAUAUUAAGUUUACAGGAUAUAAACCAUUGUGAUUUAGACGCAACUUAUCUUGUGAAAGAUGUUUUUUCAAUGGAUAACACAGUUUUAGUUAUUUUAAAAAAUGAGCUGGAAUUUAUUGACGCAAAUGGUACACUAAAUGCUAAUGAUUUGCAUGAUGCUGGAAGAAUCUCUGCUUAUAGCUCAGUAAGAAAGAGGAGAAGUUCAAAAGCAUUUGGAAAUAGCAGUAGGAUUGAACCGCAGAUUUUAGUACCUAAGAGAAGUAAGCCUAAUAAUUUGGCACCUUUGAGUAAUAACUUGCGUGUUACUUCGCCAUUGGCUAAUGAGAUAUCUAAUGAUGAGAUAAAUUCAUCGACUGUUGUUAUUAAUCGUAAUGUUUCGACUGCAUUUGCUGCCAAUAGAUCAACUUUAACUGACAGGUCAUUUUUACCACCACCGGCACAACCACAAUCGCCUGCCAUCAGGAUUAGUUCUGGUAUUGGUGACGGUAAGAGAAUAUUUUCAGAGUCACAGAACUUGGAUGUAGUGUCUAGGUCAGAAGUAGUCGACCCUGAUAAAUCAAAGCAACAGUUGAUUGUGCCAGAUAUUCCUAUGGAGUUUAUUUCAACGCCGAAUAGAGUGAAUUUGAGUGGGCAGCGUGUAAUAUCAGAAAGUCAACCAAAGUCUUUGGUUUUUAGUAAAAAGAGAAUUAACAGUCCAAUAAACAACCAUAUAGAUGUGCAACUCGAAAAUGAUAGUAACACUGCCCGAGGUAAGAAAUUAGUUGGUGCUGAACGUAAAAUUUUACCCAACACUAGAAACUCCGAUUCACCCACAAAUCGUAACGACAAAAGAACAUCAUCACUUGAACUAAAGGUUCAUAAUAAAAGGGUAAAUUCCACUAAUAUUCCCAUAAUUGAGGAUGUAUUAAAGAGAAUCGAUAACUUUUCAGAUACCGAGGAGGGUCAAAUAGUUCACAAUCCGGUAAGAAGUACAUCGUUAGCCUCCAGGCAGUAUCAAGUUGAUUAUGGUACCAACACAACUGAUGAAAAAGAUAGUGUUAGAAGUAUAAUUGGUAGUGAUAAAGAGCAGACUAUGUGUAGAAGUGAAGAAUCUACUAAAUCUUUAGGUACAUCUUUGGAUCCUACAACUGAAACUGAAAAAAUAGCUCUGGGUGUCAUAAAUGGUCCUUCGUCCCUUCCUAAUUCGAAAAAAGAGAAUAAAGAAUUGGCAGUUAAGCUACACAAUACAAACCUUAAUGAUUCUCCAAAUGCCACUGAGAUAAACACUAAGACUCCUAAAAAAAACACUGAUAAAGCAUCUUCUGUCUCUAAGACUUCUCCAGUAAAGACUUCAUCUUCAAAGGUUUCGUCACCAAAGAAAACACCAACAUUAUCAAAAAAGCUGCAAGCGAUAGUCGAUCAUGAAUAUCCAGAUGAGUCAAAAAAAAGGAAGAGCCCCAUUGCAAAAGAAGUGAGAAAUAUUACUGAUAAUAAGAAAAGUUCUAAUGUGAGAACACCCAGUAAAUCACUUAAGGUAAAUAAUAUGGAACUAUCUCUAAAAAGCUUGAUUUCACAACAGUCCACACCAAAUAAUCUUGAAAGGUCGGCAACGAAGGAAAAAACUGAUUAUGACACCAUGAAGGACAAUCUAAGAGAAACUUUGUCAGCGUUAAAGCAAAUAAAAAGUGUUGCAUCCCCUACCUCCGCAAAAUCUAAAACUGCAGCAGAAAAGAUCACCGAGAUCAAGGAAAAGGUUUUGAAAACCAUCACAAAUGCAGAAAAACCCCUAACAGUUAAACUGGCUAACGGAAAUAUUUCUGCUGGUAAAAAUGAGAAGGUUGAUAAUGAACAAAUAGCUAAAGGUAUACCGGUGAAGAUUUCCAAGAUUUCUUCUCAACCACACGUUGCUACUACGCCAAGAAAAGAAAAUCGAGCCCAACCUUCGACUUCUGCUUUAAGGAAGUCACCACGUAUAUCUUCACAAUCAAAUAAAACGAAUACUAAAUCAAUUAGUGCAACCCCAAAUAAAUCUGCCAAUGAAAAACCUCUAUCUACGAGUAGAGAUACAAUACGAUCUUCUCAAAAUGGCAGUUCAAAAGAAACUGUGAGUAAUGACCAAUCAUCAUCACAUAACAUACAGAACUCAAAAAGUACUAAGAGCGCUGUUGUAUCAUCUUCACAACCGGUUCAUAACUCUAACCGAUUGCAACAACAAGACAAUUCUAUCUCUGAACCGAGUUCUGCAAAGAAACACGGUAUGGCAAGUAGGUAUGAGAAAGCAGGGUUGAUUAAGAAAGUGAAAUUGUUACGUAAAGAAUCAGAUAGUGAUUCUGAUUCAAGUGACAGCUCUAAUGAUGAUAGUAACAGAUCGUUUAGAUCAUCUCAAUUAAGAUUGUCACAGCCGAAACAAAAGUUGGUCGGAAACUCGCAGACGGAAUCUAAUGGCACUGAUAAGGGUACUUCUGGCAGACAGGGUAAAAAAAGCGAAAAGCAAUACUUGAGUAAAGAGUUUGUUGAUAGUGAUAGUGACGAAAGCGAUGCUGGUAGCAGUGACUAA